CCAAAUAUAAGCGAUAAAGUACCAUAGCUUCCGGAAACUUCAUGAGGGCCAAUAUCAUGAAUAUGAACAUCAUAUUUUUGAAAUGUGACGAGUAAGCCAUAGAGCACUAGUAAGGACUCCUGUCUUCUUUUUUAUUUACCCUCCUCCUUUCAAAGAAUAGGGGCAUAUUGCUUUGCACUUGUCGGUCGGUAGACCAUUGUCAGCUCAUUCACAUUCUGUUAGUAAAGAUACUGAGGUCACGUGGUCAAAGAUCAAAGGUCAAUCCAUUCUGAACAGCUGGCUAGGGGCUAGGUAUGGUGGCUGAGCUGCAGAAUGGUCUUCAUAUCAUACCAUGAUCUUAUCUAGAACAGCAAAAUCAUGGUACGGGCUCAGGAAAGAAAUAGCAUGCAUUUCAUUUGGUUAUCUGUAGUAUACAUAGGAACAUUAGUUUUGGGAAAUAAAUAUGAUCCCCAUUUGUUCCCCUCACGUGGACCAUUUUUUGAGGGAUGGUAUAUACGGUUAGUAGAUUCUUACAACGGCAACAGUUUAGGAUUACUCUUUGGACAAGUUCUACCAAGUCAAUCUAAUAGUUUUCAAAAGUAUCCGCCGGCUUUGUGCAGCAUCUUGGUGAGAGCUUGUUCUGUUACUGGAUGCAAGCUUGUAUCCUACGAUGCAGCGUUUAAUUCGUCUGACGUAAUAGUUAGAGUGAGAGGUGAACCAGUUCAUCAAAAUCCAGAUGACAUAUCGCCAGCUAACUUCACAUGGAGUGCUGAAAAUGCCGAAAACACCGUUUUCUUCCAGACAGAUGCUGUGCAAUCCUCAUUUCAAGUAAAACUUGGCAAUGUCUCUCUGUAUGGCAAGUUGUCUUCUCCGCUACCUUGGGGUCCAAAUGGCGAAGGACCAGGGGGAUGGGUGGAUAAACUCCCACUUCCGCUUCAUUGGUUUGUUUACAGCCUUCGUUCAGCAGUUGUUUCUUAUGAAUUCAAAAACGGUAAAGAAAUUGUGUAUCGAGGAAGACAAGGAACCGCUCACAUGGAGAAAAAUUGGGGUAAAUCGUUUCCAAAGGCAUGGAUAUGGUCGCAGGGAAUUUCUCCUAAUAAUGCAUCGUAUGCCAUUUCUGGUGGACCUGUUCAGAUAGGUCCACUUGCCGUCACAGCUUAUUUGUUUGGAUAUAGAAAUCCUUUGAAAGAUAUAUCCAUUGAUUUUCAUCCGUACGACAGUCGUGUUUCAGCACUAGAGGAUGGGUGUCGUGGAUUUGUAAAUGUUACGGCAAAAGGAUUGAUCCAUUCAGUGAAUUUAUAUGUAACAGCGGAUCUAACCUCUUUCAGUCAGUGUUUAUAUGGACCAGAAAGACAGGGUUUCCGACCAGUUUGUAAGGAGAGCUACGAAGCUUCGGCCGCUAUUUCUGUCUAUAGGUUUGACGAUCUUAUUGACAAGCAAUUCCUAACCAACGUUGCAUUAGAAUUUGGCGGAGAUCACGUUUGUGGCGGUUGUCCUUCACAUACUCGUUAACAUUCCACUAUCUGUAUUUCAUCGUGCUAAGAAGACAAAUUUUAUGAUUAGAUUUUCUUCACUAUGUACAGUGCAUUUAUGUAACCAAAUGGAAUUGCUGUAUAUCAGGAAAUUUUUUCGCACUGGAAAUGUUAGCUUUUUUGUUGAAUGGGGAAAAUUAACCAAAUCUAAAAGCACUUAUUUGUAUUCAUAGAAAUAAAUGAUAUUCUUGUUUUAAAUGAAA